AUGAGCGAUCCCGGCGACACACCAACAAACGCUACUGAGCUGACUGCACCCUCGCUCCAAAAAGAGGAUGAAGAAUUCUUCAUCAUCGACAGGUCAGAAGACACGUCGCUCUCUGUCUUCUGGGACGCAGUGACUCUUGCAGAGCUUGAAACAAUGUCAGAGGGCGAUCUCGAAAGGACAAGGACGGCAUGGCUAAAGUACAUUGACCAAUUUGGUGGUGUGGAAGACAGCAGCGGUCCACCGGAGGAGGACAAUGGUGGGUCACUCGACGGGCAGGAUGAGGCCUCCGCUGGCCCUGAUCCGAUUGAGCAUGAGUUCAUCAGGUGA